UGUCUAGAAAAUAUCUCUGAGGGGUUCUUGAGGUCAUUGAAGAAUCAGGCUUUGAGGGAUUUUGUUCCCAGCUAGCAGGUCUUCUGGGGAUUCUCACUCUAGCCUGACAGACAGAGGCCUGCCUAGGCCUCUUGCCUCAGCAACAUCAUGAAAGAGAAAAGGGUCACUCCCAGCAGCUGGCCUAGGAGAUAGCACCAGGGCGGGAGUAGGAGUCAAGAAACCUAUUAGCAGGCUCACAGGAGGAGUGAGGGAAAUAAGUUUCUUAGAGGCUUUAAACCAACAGAACUCCACCGUCUUCGCCAGUGUGGAGAUAGAUUUGGAGAGAGAACUCUGAGGCAACAGUACGAGAGGUCAGCAUCUCCUGUGCUUUGGAGUUGAGUACCCUGUAGCCAUGGGGCAAGCUCUGAGUAUCAAGAGCUGUGACUUCCAUGCAGCAGAAAACAACGAGGAUCACCACACCGAAGCCAUCAGCUCCCGGAGCCUUAUUUUGAGGAGGGGACAGUCCUUCACUAUCACCCUGAAGUUGCGUGCCCCAACCCGUGCAUUUCUGUCUGCUCUGAAGAAAGUGGCUCUCAUUGCACAAACGGGAGAGCAGCCUUCCAAGACCGAUAAGACCCAAGCCAUCUUCCCGAUUUCCUCUCUUGGGGACCAAAAAGGGUGGAGUGCAGCAGUGAAGGAAAGAGAUGACCAACAUUGGACCAUCUCUGUGACCACGCCCGUGGACGCUGUCAUUGGCCGCUACUCACUCUUGCUUCAGGUUUCAAGAAAGAAACAAUACCCCUUGGGCCAAUUCACACUGCUCUUUAAUCCAUGGAACAGAGAUGAUGCUGUAUUUCUGCCGAACGAGGCUCAACGGGCUGAAUAUGUAUUGAAUCAGAACGGCUUUAUCUACCUGGGCACAGCUGGCUGCAUUCAGGAAGAGCCCUGGGACUUUGGCCAGUUUGAGAGAGACGUCAUGGACCUCAGCCUGAACUUACUGAGUGUGGACAAACAAGUGAAAGACUGGAACCAGCCUGCUCACGUGGCCCGCGUGGUAGGCGCCUUGUUGCAUGCCCUCAAGAAGAAGAGUGUCCUGCCUAUUUCACAGACCCAGGCUGCCCGGGAAGGUGCCUUGUAUAAACGACGAGGCAGCGUGCCCAUCCUGAGACAAUGGCUCACUGGCCAAGGACGACCCGUGUAUGAGACCCAGGCAUGGGUGUUUGCUGCUGUUGCUUGCACAGUGCUGCGGUGCCUGGGCAUCCCAGCUCGAGUUGUUACCACAUUUGAUUCAGCCCAAGGUACCGAUGGGAGCCUGCUGGUGGAUGAGUACUACAAUGAGGAGGGACUCCAGAACGGAGAAGGACAGAAGGGGCGUAUCUGGAUCUUCCAAACUUCUGUAGAAUGUUGGAUGAACAGACCUGAUUUGUUCCAGGGUUAUGGUGGAUGGCAGAUUCUGCACCCAAGAGCUCCUAAUGAUGGAGUUGAAGUCCUGGGACCCUGCAGUCUGGUCCCAGUCAGAGCAGUCAAGGAGGGGGAGCUGCAGCUGGACCCAGCAGUACCAGAGCUCUUUGCUGCAGUAAAUGCGUCGUGUGUGGUCUGGAAGUGCUGUGAGGAUGGGAAGUUGGAGUUGACCAACUCCAACAGAAAGAACGUGGGCAACUGCAUCAGCACCAAGGUCGUGGGCAGUGACCGCUGCGAAGACAUCACUCAGAACUACAAGUAUCCUGCAGGAUCUCUUCAAGAAAAGGAGGUGCUGGAGAGAGUCGAAAAAGAAAGAAUGAAACUUGGGAAAGACAAUGGCAUGUGUCUUCCUAGUUGUGAGCCUGGGGAGCCUCUGCACCUGUUCUUGGAAGCACCUAGCUCCCUCCCUCUGAGAGGAAAUGGUCGGCUCUCAGUGACCUUGAUUAACCCCACAGACAAGGAGAAGGAGGUGCAGCUGGUGAUUGGGGCCCAGGCUUUGUACUACAAUGGAGUCCUUGCUACUGGCCUCUGGAUGCAGAAGCAGUUCCUCAUGCUCGGACCCAACCAGGUUCUAAGAAUAUCCACCAGCCUGUCCUUCUCCUAUUUUGACCAAAACCCACCUGAGAACAGCUUUCUCAGAGUCACAGUGAUGGCAAGGCACUCCCACACCAGCCUCACCUGCUUCGCUCAAGAAGAUAUGGCCAUCGGUAGACCAAAUCUCAUCAUUGAGAUGCCAAAGAGAGUAGCCCAGUAUCAGCCCCUCACUGCCUCAGUUAGAAUGCGCAACUCCUUAGACACCCCCAUGCAGAACUGCAUCAUCUCCAUUUUCGGAAAGGGACUGAUUCACAGAGAAAAGAGAUAUGGAUUGGGUUCUGUGUGGCCAGGAAGCAGCCUGCAUACUCAGUUCCAGUUCACCCCGACACAUCUGGGGCUCCAAAGGCUUACUGUGGAAGUAGAUUGUGACAUGUUCCAGAACCUGACUGGCCACAGAAGUACCCUUGUGGUGGCCCCUGAAGUUUCUGUUUAACCCCCAAACAACCCUCAAGCUUCUAAGGCUAGUCAUGCUCCAGAGGGAAACUUUUCCUAUCAAACAAAUGAGUCUUAGCCAGGCGGUGGUGGCACACACCUGUAAUCCCAGCACUCUGGGAGGCAGAGGCAGGAGGAUUUCUGAGUUCGAGGCCAGCCUGGUCUACAGAGUGAGUUCCAGGACAGCCAGGGCUAUUCAGAGAAACCCUGUCUCGGGAAAACAAAACAAAAACAAAAACAAAAACAAAAAAAAAAACCAAAUGAGUCUCUACUAAAGUUUAAUAGGCCAGUGGCCAAAAACCAAGCUAGAUGGCCCACAGAAACCAAAAUCCAUUAUUUUAUUGUUUUUUUGGUUACUUGGUUGGUUGGUUGGUUGAUAUUUUCAAGACAGGGUUUCUCUAUGUAGUCUGGCCAUCCUGGAACUCACUCUGUAGAUCAGGCUGGCCUUGAAAUUAAAUAUCCAUUUUCCUCUGCCUCCCAAGUACUUGGAUUAAAGGCAUGUGCCACCACUGCUUGGCUCCCAAAUACGUUGGUAUUAAGCCAGCCUAAGUCAGUCAGAAACACUAUUUGUCUUAGAAUAAACUGCUCUGUAUUAAACAAGCCUUUGGAAAGACACUCAGAUAACUUGUCAAAGUACAAUGAGAUGUUCUGAUUACCUUUUCAGAGUACAUUCAGAUUUUGGGGUGUCCAGAUGUUUCACACCAUUUUAUUGAUCAUUAAUAUAUCCAUUAACUUACAGAAAUGAAAGACAACCUAAUAUUUAAAUCAAUCUAUUUCUGAUGGCAAAGGACAAUAUUGACUAAAAAUAGAAUUUUUACAAAAUUCUAAAAUUACAUUGAUUAAUUCUUUCCCUGGUGGUUAUUGUAAAAGACCCAAAGAUGAAUGGAUAGAGCUAUCAUAACACAUAUCAUAGAACCUGAAAGAAUAGUCUAAACUUAUCUAUAGCUAGGUGUUUAGGAGUGCUGAUGUAUUAGGGACCCUAUUCAGGUCACACCCCACACCCACUGUAGUUUUGACCUGCUUUCCAGUACAUGAUCUUCCAGAGCAGUGGUUCUCAACCUUCUAAUGCUGAGACUCAUUGGUACAGUUUCUCAGGCUGUGUUGGCCCUCAACCAUAAAAUUAUUUUGUUGCUACAUAAUUAUAAUUUUCCUAUUGUUAUGAAUCAUAAUGUAAAUAUCUGAUAUUCAGGAUAUAUGACAUGUGACCACCAAAGGGGUGGGAGAUCCUCUAGUUGAGAACUGCUGUUCUAGAUGCAUAUAAUUUCAUAGCAAUAUAGUUGGAAACAGUGUACCAAAAUGUCUAAAUUAUGAAAACUCUUAUGCAUUUUUCUUUAUAAAAAUGUGUUUACAUUUGAGAAUACAUAUUAUAUUAAACAAUGACAUAAUAGGUAUGUAUAAAGAAAACAAAUCUUUUCAAUAAAGUGGACCAAACUAACAAAUAA